AUGCUUGAAGCGCUGAUGCGCUUGUGCGCCGCGAAGGGCAUGCACCUUGUCAACGACGAGAUCUACGCACCGUCAGCAUACGCCCGGGACGACCGCGCGGCCGGCGAGAGUGAGGCGUUUGUCUCUGUGCGCGCCAUAAAUCCCAUAGGCUUCAUUGACCCCGCGCGCGUCCACGUGCUGUAUGGCUCGUCCAAGGACUUCGGCGCCGGCGGUAUGCGGUUCGGCUGCCUGGUCUCAGAAAACGAGACGAUGGGUUAUUGGCGGCGUCGACGCAACCAUGGCCCACGUAUACAGCCGCUUCUGCUCGCCUCGCAAUUCUCCAUGGAUCUAGCCACCUGA